GACGAUCGUUGGUAAGGCGUAUGGAAUUUUGUUUUCCAAUGGGUCUCGUAUGCAACGACGCCUAUCGAGGAAAUAGCGGAUGUAAUGGGACCUCAUAUGGGGUGCGAUUUGGAAAAUGAACCUGAACUGCUGGAGUUAAGCGCAAAUAAUCCGGAAAAGAAAGAAAAAACAGAAGAUGAACCAGAAAAGCCUGCAGCCCAAAUAAUCGUUCGAAAUGACUAUAUGCAGAACUUUAUUAAUACGUCACUUCGGCCUCAAAACUACAUUCGGGAAGUCCAUCCAUUGGUCCGGUUUACUGAGUAUCCAAAGCUUCAACAUCUAGCACAGCUCAAAGAUGCAAUUGUGGAUGCGUAUGCCACUCCCCCAAUGUACAUCAAGGCUAAUCUGAGACGAGAAGGGUUGGGUACUUUGCUGGGUGGUAUCAGAUUCGAUGUCAUUCUCAUUGACCCUCCGCUGAGAGAGUACUGUGAAUGGUCUCCUUCUACUAUUAUCAACUGUCCCGAUCCAGUGCGUCCAUAUUGGACUUGGGAAGAGAUUGGAGCCCUUGCGAUUGAAGAUGUGGCUGCCACACCUUCCUUUAUUUUCAUUUGGGUGGGAGAUUGCGAAGGCUUAGAUCAGGGAAGAUCCCUGUUGCGCAAAUGGGGAUACCGCAGAUGCGAGGACAUUUGUUGGGUAAAAACUAAUAAAACCUGGCCGGGCACGCCGCUCAUGGCUCCACCUUCCGUCUUCCAGCACACCAAGGAGCACUGUUUGAUGGGAAUCCGCGGAACAGUCCGUCGUUCCACCGAUGGGCAUUUUAUUCAUUGCAACGUGGACACGGAUGUCAUCAUCGCCGAGGAGCCUGAAGACCUCACCACCCGCAAGCCGGAGGAGCUGUAUUAUCUCAUUGAGCACUUUUGCAUGGGACGUAGAAGACUCGAAUUAUUUGGAAAUGAUGAGAACAUUAGGAGAGGUUGGAUCACUGUCGGACUAGGCCUUUCUACGACUAAUUGGGACAGGGACCGGUACCUUAGUUGGCUCCGAGGCGAGGGAGCUGCUCAAGGUACUCCCUACGUGAGAGGAGGACUCUUGGUUCCAACGACCCCAGACAUUGAGGCUAUUCGACCAAAGUCACCUCCACUAUCUGUUCGGAAAGGACCACGAAGAGGUAUCAUCUAGCAGGAAAGAGAUACUGUGGAUCCUUCCUUUCUAUUAUGUACUAUGAUUCAGAAUAUGCGACAUUGGAGCCUAUGAGAUACUCUGGAAGGGAAAUUGCGGUAGUAAUUAACGGCCAGCAGUCUGGGAUGAAGCAGAAGCCUUUCUUUGUAGCCAAAUAAACCUCCUAAUAAUCUAUAGCAAUUUGCUGGAAUAAUAUUAUUUUCGUUUAUUUGCCGCGGUAGGUGUUGGUUCAGA